AUGGAUUUUGUGCCUGAGUUGACAGAGGGCAGACCUACAGCAUCAAACAGCAGUCAGGCUGCCAUGAACCCAUACGGCAGAGCGAGCAGCACGGCGGCCCCCCUGUCCUGCACCAGCUGUGGGGGCUGCUGCUCCCCGCCUCCCCCUUGCCUAAUCCCACCCGGACCCCCCUCCUCUACUACCUCCUCCUCGUCCUCCAUGCCUCCGAAUAUGACCCCUCCGCCGCCGAUGUUUCCGGCCCCGGUCUUACAGGUAGAGAAUGGUAGCAGCUGGAACUCUUCCACCAUCUCCUCCUCCGGCUCCCCAGACUCUCACCCUGGUCACCGCUGUGGGGCCAACAACCCCAACCCCUACUGGACGGCAGUGUUCGACUAUGAGGCCACAGCAGAUGAGGAGUUAACCCUGCGGCGCGGGGACCUCCUUGAGGUUCUCUCAAAAGACUCCAAAGUGUCUGGGGACGAGGGUUGGUGGACGGGCAAGAUCCAGGACAAGGUGGGUAUCUUUCCAAGCAACUACGUCACGAAGGGGGACGCUGCCAACUACCAGCAGCUGACCGCGGGAGGGCUGGUGGCAGGUGGGGUGGGUGAAUGCCCCUUGGAGAUAGACUUCUCAGAACUGCUCCUGGAAGAGGUGAUUGGAGCUGGUGGGUUUGGAAAGGUGUACAAAGGAGUGUGGCGGAAAGAAGAAGUAGCAGUAAAGGCUGCCAGGCAAGACCCUGAUGAGGAUAUUAGUGUCACAGCAGAGAGCGUGCGGCAGGAGGCCAGGCUGUUCUGGAUGCUCCGGCAUCCCAACAUAAUCUCUCUCCGUGGGGUCUGCCUGCGGGAACCAAACCUGUGCUUGGUGAUGGAGUAUGCCAGAGGGGGCGCUCUGAACCGAGCGCUUGCCGGAAAGAAGGUUCCUCCAAGGGUUCUGGUGAACUGGGCAGUCCAGAUUGCCACUGGGAUGGACUACCUGCACAACCAAGCAUUCGUACCCAUCAUCCACAGAGACCUCAAGUCCAGCAAUAUCCUCAUCCUGGAGCCCGUGGAGCGGGACGACUUGAGCGGGAAAAUCCUCAAGAUCACAGACUUCGGCCUGGCCAGAGAGUGGCACCAGACCACCAAGAUGAGUGCAGCGGGGACCUACGCCUGGAUGGCCCCGGAGGUCAUCAAGCUCUCCCUGUUCUCCAAGAGCAGCGACGUGUGGAGUUUUGGCGUGCUGCUGUGGGAGCUGCUCACCGGCGAGGUUCCCUACCGGGAGAUAGACGCUCUGGCGGUCGCUUACGGCGUCGCCAUGAACAAGCUGACGCUCCCCAUCCCCUCGACGUGCCCCGAACCUUUUGCUCAGCUGCUGAGCGAGUGCUGGAGCCCAAACCCCCGCAGCAGACCCUCCUUCACCAGCAUCCUGAGGAGGCUGCUGGCCAUCGAGCAGUCGGCCAUGUUUCAGAUGCCCCUGGAGUCCUUUCACUCCUUGCAGGAGGACUGGAGGCUGGAGAUCCAGCAGAUGUUUGAUGAGCUCAGGGCCAAAGAGAAGGAGCUGAGGUCUUGGGAGGAGGCGUUGGCUCGAGCAGCAGAGGAGCAGAGGGAGCAGGAGGAGCAGCUGAGGAGGCGAGAGCAGGAGCUGGCAGAGAGGGAGAUCGACAUUGUGGAGCGAGAGCUGAACAUCAUCAUCCACCAGGUGUACCAGGAGAAGCCCAGCGUCAAGAAAAGAAAGGGCCACUUCAAGAAGAGCAGGCUGCUGAAGCUGGGCCGAGACAGUAACUGCAUCAGUCUGCCCUCUGGCUUUGAGCAUAAGAUCACCGUCCAGGCGUCUCCCAGUGUGGACAAGAGGAAGACUCAGGGGAGCGAGAGCACCACCCCGCCUGCCAGCCCGGGGGUCAUACCCCGACUGAGAGCCAUAAGAUUGACACCGAGCGACGGCAGUAAGACGUGGGGACGCAGCGCUGUGUGUAAGAAGGAAGACCUGUCGACCAGCAAGAAGAAGGGACGCACCUGGGGGCCGAGCUCCACCCACCAGAAAGAGAGGGUCGGCGGGGAGGAAAAACUGAAAUCACUGGGUGAGGGAUGCAAAGUUUGGUCAUCCAGUGCACCAAAUCUGGGCAAGUCCCCCAAACAUGCACCCAUGACCGCUGGCUUCUCCAGCCUCAAUGAAAUGGAGGAGUGCUGCGAGUUUGAGGAGUCGCCAGGGUCUUUGCUGCCCUCAGAGACCAGCAGUAACGGGGCCGUGGACGACUCGGGGUCCCUGUGGGGCAGCCUGGGGCCCAACACGUUGUCGGUUGGUAGCUCCUGUCAGGGAGGCUUGGGGUCGGGGGCGAGCUACCAGGACUCGCUCCGUCGCUGCAGCCAGAGGAAGAAGAGCGACGUGCUGCUGUUGGGCUGCGCCUCUCUGCUCGCGUCCGUCGCCCUCGGGCAAGACCUGCUGCAGCUGGGAAAACUACAGGUGCUUCAGGACGAGCAGGACCUCAGAGAGGAGCAGCGUAAGAAGAAGGAGGGUCUCUUCCAGCGGACGGGACGUUUCCGUCGCAGCACCUCUCCGCCCAGCCGAAACCUCUCCCUCUCCCUCUCCAGACAUCACGACUCCACACUCCCCUGCAUGGACCCCUCCCCCUCUGUCACCCUCCUCUCUCUGUCCUCCCUGUCUGACUGCAACUCCACCAAGUCCCUUCUCCCAUCCGACCCAGACGAGUACCCCCUGACCCCGAUGGCGGGGGUCAAAACGCCGGCCGCGCCACCGGCCCCUGCCCUCAACCCGCUCCUGGACCUGCGGGCGGAGAGCUUCAAGAAGGAGCCCAACCAGUCGCUAACGCCCACGCAUGUGUCUGCAGCCAUGGCCCUGAACAGAGGACACAGGCGGACCCCUUCAGACGGGGCGAUACGACCCCGAGCCCAGACUCUGGGACACCACAGGUCGCCGUCAGAUGGGAGCAUGCCCAUGCCUCCUCCACCAGGAGCACCACACAAAACCAUUAACAAAGGUACACCUGACACUCUGGACAUCCCCCGUCUCCCUGACCCCUACACCCUGUUUCCAGUGCCCCACCGGCGUAAAGCACCCGCUCCACCGAUCCCUGACCCGGAUCCUCUCUGCCUCAUCAGCCCCCUGGAGAGGCCCAAGACGCUGGAGUUCGCCCCCCGGCCGCGACCCACCCCGGCCAGGAUGAGAGCCGACCCCUGGAAGCUGGGCUCUCUCUCCCGGACCCUCAGCUCGUCGCCGGGCAGCAGCUGUGACAGCCCCCUCGGCUCAGGGGACAGCAGCGCCAGCGCCCCACGGCCCAACCUGAUGGACAUGGACGUGGAGGGCCAGAGCUUGGACCACACCGUCCCUCUGUGUGGCCAGCGGCAGCCCGCCGCUCUGUGUGGACAACACUAUUUGUAGUGAAAAAUAACAAGUGAACGUUUUCGAGUCUGCUUUCUUUUUUAGAGCUUGGGCUGAAUAAGGAAUGCCGACUGAUGUCUGAGCCGAGCAAAGUGCACUCACUGAAAGUUUGUCAACACAUCUUUCAUGUCAUGUUUUAGGCACUUACUGGAGGCCGUUCCUCUCGUGUGUCCUUUUCGUGUCCUAUUAAGGUGUGAAACCCUUUCAGCAAGCCUUUCCCUGACAGAGCUCAGCAACCUGCAAGCACGACACUGAGGGUCCUAAAGGGCCUUUUAAAAGCCUUGUAGUGUGCUUACCCACCUACCUUACCCUCCUUGGAAGCCAUUUUUACCUGCUUCUUAGUGACCAGAUUGCAUUUCCUUCAAGCCAUCCAAUUACUUAAAGAGCCACUUUUUGACUUUGCUAAUUGUUCAUUUAGACCUACCUGCCUGUGCUUUUGCCUGUCUGUGUAGCUUCCCACUUUCAGCUUGCAUCUCUCACUCCAAGGACCACGAAAUAACGCUCAUUCACAUUUCACCAAAACAUUCAUCGCUUCAGGACUGUUUCCCGGACAAAAAGAGGAGCUGGACUGCUUAAAAUUCUCAAUAAAGAGUGUCUUUCUUCUUAUUUUGCACGCCGUUUGUUCUGCCGGUGCACGGACAUCCCCCAUAAACCCUCCAUCGUCAGCUCUGCCUUCAUCCUCACAUGUGUCAUCUCUCUGUGCGGGGGUCAUCGUCACCUCUUCCCUCCAGGACUGAGAUAGGAAAAAGCCUUUUUCUCACUGCAUUGGUGGACUGGUCAGAUCCUCAGCCAGUAAAAAACAAACUUUAUUUUCUCAGUGCAUCCCUGCUGUGAGCAAAAAUGUUUUUCUAUUGGUUUGGCAGAGCAGGUGUGUUUCUCUUUGUGUGAAUGUGUAUAUAUUACAGUACAUAUGUGGAAGAACAAAAUGGGUUCUUUUUUUUUGCGUGCUGGUGCUUUUUCAGUGCAUGUUGGUUUGCGUGUGAAUGGUUCGCUCUGUGCUACGUGCAGCACUUCUUCAAAAUAAGAGCAAUGGUUGCUACACGCGCUCUCAUCCAUUUGUCCUUUACAGUUUUUUGUUUUUUUGCCGAAAACAUUCCUCACUAGCCGUCAGUAGCACUCUCUAUGGAUCCCGUUCACGCCACUCAAAUGGACACAAAAGAAGGAAACACUGUUUGGAAGCUCGGUAUUCUCCCCUCACCUGUUGUGUUCAGCAUCAACGGCCCCUCAGGAGCCACCUUGUGCAUCUACUCAGUCUCUCUGUGGACUCUAGUCACGGCUGACAAAUCAACUUUUCUCCGUGGAGUUUUCACACCGCGGACGUUUCCUCCCGGCUGCAGAUGGUAUUUACUUGACAGUGCAAAUUUCUCAGAGUGAGUGUGUGCGUGUGAGCGUGAAUAUGCGUGUGUGUUAUUAUUUGUAUGGGAUGAUGACAAUCCCAUCGGUAGAAGAGUGAGCCCAAACUCAUUCUCCUCAUGUGGUUAAGAACACUGAGUAUUUAUUAAAUUUAUUGUUAUUGUUGGAAAGGAUUAAUUAUUAUUAUUAUGAUGAUGUUCUUCCUGGGAUAGCUGUAAAUAUUUGUUAAUAUAACAGGAAAAACCAAGGAAAACCUAGGAAACUGCUUACUGAAACGUCCAUGUCGUCUCCAGUCUCAACCUGUGACAUUUCUCGGUUCA